CGUCGCGUCGCGAGGAUCGGUCGUUUUGUUUGUUCCGUGUUUAACGUUUCCAUCCUAUUAUUACCCCCUUUUUUGGCAGUUUAAUUUUUCUUUUAUAUUUAUCCCCGAUCACAACGACACGAUUUAAAACGUGUCCUUGUAAACGAUCGAUAAUGUAUAUAAAGCGACUUAUGGCGAACUUUUCUUAUGGAAAGUGAACGCCUUAACGUCUUGUCGUUUAAUAUUAAUAAAUCGAGAGAAGACUAUAAUAAAGUUAUUUUUCGAGUUGGUGAACAUUUCUCUCUCUCUCUUUCUCUCUUUCUCUCUCUCUCUUUCUUUCUUGAUAUGAUAAGGAAAGGACUAUUACGUGAAUUAUUACGAAUGCCGUAACGAGAGAGAGGAAUAAAUAAAAAGCAAUUCUACGUUAGAGUGUUAUGUUGUUAUAGUUCGACGAAUAGGAAAGACGCGAACGUGCAAGAGGAAAAAAAAAAAAAAGAAUUGAUCGACGACGACGACGACGACGACGACGACGACGACGACGAUAACAACAACAAAUCCUCGGUAUAUAUCCUUGAUAAAAAUCGUGGAUCGAUAUAGAGGAUAUCAAAAGGUGACUUUAUCGUCGUAACGAAAGAUUAGUUCCGAGGAUGCCAAGUGCGACGUACCGUCGCGAAUACCGGCGAAACAAAUCGAUCGGAUUAUGAACCGUCCAAAAAUAUUUUCGGACUCGAUAGAUAACGAUGGAAAUCCCGUUGAUCGAUCGAUCGAAACGGUCGAUCGUUUUGCGUUGUAGGAGUGUAAUACGUUUUCCUACGUGUUGUUAAAAGAAGAUAAAGAAGAAAAGAAAGGAAAAAGGAAGGAAAGAAGAUAGAGAAGACGAAGGACGAAAAGGCUUGCUCGACGUCCACCGCUAGUUCCUUGACCUUUUCGUUCUUUCUUCGUAUUACUUCGGGGUUAGAAGCAAGGAGAUAAAAAAGGGAGGAAAGAGAUAAAAGAGUGUUCGCGAAAGUUUGUUCCUUUUCAUUCUUUUUUUUUUCUUUUUCUUUUUUUUUCUUCUUCUUCUUCUUCUUCCUUUUCCUUCUUUCUUUCUUUCUUUCUCUUUUUCUUGUCGGCUUCGAGCUCGUGUACCUUGUGCUUUCUUUUUUUCUCCUCCUCCCGCCCACUCAUCCCCCAGCCGUCGAUAUAGAAUUUUGUGGUGCGACCUGUGAGAUUGUUGUUUAUCAUUAUCAUUGUCAUUAUUAUUACUACUACUACUAUUAUUAUUAUUAUUAUUGUUAUUCGUUUCUUUUUGCUUUUUUCGUCUUUUUUUUUUUUUUUUUUUUUUUUUUUUUCUCUACACCUCGUUACUCUCUCGACGAUCAUGUGCGUAUGAUAUUUAAUCGUCGAGCUUACGCCUGGGAAUUAUUUUUUGAAAACGUCGUGAACGUCGUCGUCGCCAAUAAAAAAGACCCUAUUGGAUACCAUCGAAGAUGCCGUGCGUCGGGACGACGACGUCGUUUCUCAUCCUCACGAUAUUCGCUUUAACGGCGAGAGGGCAACUACGAUCGCCACGGAUAACGGAACAUCCAUCGGACAUAAUCGUGGCAAAGCACGAGCCGGUGACGUUGAACUGCAAGGCCGAGGGUAAACCGGAUCCCGUGAUAGAAUGGUAUAAGGAUGGUGAGCUCGUGCAGACGUCACCAGGGGACGCCAAGUCCCACCGGGUGAUUCUUCCCACGGGAUCCCUCUUCUUUCUUCGAGUUAUGAACGGGAAGAAGGAACAGGACGGUGGUGUUUAUUGGUGCGUCGCAAGGAAUCAGGCUGGCUCGGUACCUAGCAGAAAUGCCACCCUCACUGUUGCUGUACUACGAGACGAGUUUCGGACGGAACCACAGAAUACAAGGGUGGCUGCUGGAGAAACCGCCAUGCUAGAAUGCGGACCACCCAGAGGUCAUCCGGAACCAACCCUCCAUUGGAGGCGGAAUGGUCACAUUAUAGACUUGGAAAGCAACAAACGAAUUACUCUUGUCGACGGUGGAAACUUGUUGAUAUCUGACGUAAGGCAAACGGAUCAAGGAAAGUAUCAGUGCAUUGCAGAAAAUAUGGUCGGAGUUAAGGAAUCAGCAAUUGCGUCGCUCACUGUAUAUGUGAAACCAUACUUCAGCGCCAUACCAAGCAAUCAAACUAUUCUGACGGAUCAAACCGCAGAAUUUGCUUGUCGAGUGGGUGGUGAUCCACAACCAGAUAUCUUAUGGCGUCGUAACGAUGGAAAGAUGCCGAUUGGCCGAGCUCACAUUUUGGAUGACAAAAGUUUGCGCAUCGAGAGGGUAAUACCCGAGGAUCAAGGAACGUAUAUAUGCGACGCGGAGAACGAAGUUGGCGCUAUUUCGGCGAAUGCGGUACUCACCGUUCAUUCGAAGCCGGUGUUCGUCAAUUUUCCGAAAGACGAAACGGUUAGUACCGGAUCGGAUGUAUCUUUUUCAUGUUCCGCUCGUGGUUCUCCGAAGCCAUCGAUAUUUUGGACCCGCGAGGGCUCUCAAGAGUUGAUGUUUCCGGGAAACACUUAUCAGGGACGAUAUACGGUCACUCAGGAUGAAAGUUUGCGCAUAAAAGGUGUGAUAAGGAAAGACGAAGGCCAUUACGUCUGUAGCGCCAUAAGCCAAGCUGGUGCAAGUACGGCGACUGUCUUCCUUCAGGUAAUGUCUGCCGAAGACAUACCACCUCCGAUAAUCGAGUUGGGCCCAGCAAAUCAGACACUUCCUGUCAAAAGCGUUGCCACGUUACCUUGUCGUGCUGUUGGUACUCCAACUCCAAAGGUACAUUGGCACAAGGACGGUGUUCUUAUCCAAUUAGGAAAUCGUAUAACAAUGGCUAACAAUGGAACUUUGUUCAUCGAUGACCUUCAAAUGAGUGACUCCGGUUUAUAUACGUGUAUUGCAAGCUCAGAAUCUGGUAACACAUCUUGGUCUGCCACAUUGACGGUCAGCACGACGACGACCUUUCACAGAACUCCGGAAAUAUCGGCAUUGCCCCAGAGCCCGAGUAAACCUAGAAUUAUAAACGCUACCAGUAACUCGGUUACUCUAACAUGGAGUCCUGGGAACGAAGGUCAAAGCAAAAUCAUUGGUUAUAACAUUGAAUAUUUCAGUAGCAAUCUGAAUACCGGUUGGGUUGUCGCAGCUACCAGUGUCAUCGACGACACUUACACCGUAACGGAUUUAAAGCCUGACACUAACUAUGUGUUCCUCGUGCGUGCCGAGAAUAGUCACGGCUUGUCGCUUCCUGGACCGUUGUCCGAUGUCGCUCACACGAGUAGCCUUGAUCAACGGACGGUACCACAGAUAGAAUUGAUUCGCGCGAGGGAUCGGCUUAACAGCGAAAUACUGCACUUGAAGGAAGUCCAACCGUUGAGCAGUACCAGCGUUAAAAUUAUGUGGGACAUACUUGGUGCAGCUGAUUUAGUCGAGGGUCUUUAUAUACGUUACCGUGAACUCACCGAGAAGCCAGAAUAUCGUAUGGUAACUGUAUUCAAUGCCGGUGCAACUAGUUACGUUCUAACCAAUUUGGAGAAGUACAAACGAUAUGAGUUCUUCCUUGUGCCAUUUUACAAAACCAUAGAAGGGAGACCUAGCAAUGUAAAAUUGGCUAUAACUUUGGAGGAUGUGCCAUCUAGUGCACCGGAAAACGUUCACGUUGGUAUGAUCAAUAUGACUUCGGCGUUUGUAAGAUGGUCACCACCACCGAAGAAUGCACAGAAUGGACAAUUGAUUGGAUAUAAAAUUCAAAUAAAGAGCAAUAGCAGCAAUAAGAUCCUAGGUCAAAUGUCACUAAACGCUUCUACCACAUCAGUCGUGAUCAACAGUCUCUCGACGGGUGGACUUUACACGGCACGCGUAGCUGGCUUAACACGUAUUGGAUUAGGUCCUUUCUCCAAUCCAACUCUCCUAAACAUGGAUCCAGGUCAAUUGACGCAACUUCCACCUCGAACAGAUCCGAGUCACGGUAGCGUCUCCAUCGUUCGUGAAACUUGGUUCCUGAUACUCGUAAUUACGAUGGUCUUCACAGUCGUGGCUGUUCUCUUGGGUGCUCUUUAUGUGAGACGCAGACAGGCGAUGAGCAAACAAUUAGGUCAUUUAAACGUUCCGGGUCCCACCGAUAAGGAGUGCGAAACCAAGUUGUUAAAUAAUCAGCAGAUGCUUGCCCCGGGAAUCGUCAGCAUGGCUGGUUCGGAGUACGCAGAGGUCAACUUAACCACGUUUUACAAUUCGAGAAAACAGUUGCAAGCACCACCUGAACCGUAUGCUACUACCACUUUAUGCGUUGGCAGUCGAAGUCCAGACUCGAUGGAAACAAGCGGACAGAAAUCAAAUUCUAGCGAUUCCUGCAUGAAACCUGACUAUUCCAGUUUGGAUUCGAAUCAAGAACACAAUAAAUCAACGAUGUCACCCAGCAGCGACAACACUAGCAGCGUGUAUACCGACGAGAACGCGGAUAUACAAAGAAGACCACAGUAUAAGAUACCCAUAUCAAACAAUCCCCAAAGUGCUGUAAGUACAAGCGGUACGGCAUUGCCCAACUGGUGCGACAUGAUGCCACCUCCGCCGGAACAUCCACCACCUUCGGGAACGUUGCUGUCCGGAAGAAUGCAGCAACAACAACAACAACAACAGCAACAACAACAAUCGCAACAACAACAACAACAACAACAACAUCAUCAGCAACAAGUUUCAUUCAGUCCUCAUUUAGGCAAGAGGAACAUUCAGAAUGACUUGGAUGGUUCUGGAUCGUGCAAUUCGCAGAGUCCACCGACACCACCUAUCAGAGCAGGCAACAGUUUUAGUUCCUCACCAACACCUUGGACUGGACAACCUCCGCACGAUAUAGCUGCUUACGCGAACAUGCAACAGAGUGGAAGAUAUACCACCCUUCCACCUCAAACCAAUCCACCGCCGGUACCCUGUUUCCCUCAAGGCUUCAAUCAUUAUGAUUACAAAACUCAAGAGAACGAGUACGAAAGUGGCUCUGUGAUUUAUGGCCAUCACAAUGGUCUACCCGACAACUAUAGAAAUCACGACAACGCUUUCAACCGAAUAAAUCACGCGAAUCCUCAUAUAGAACAUUCGGUCGCCAUGACCGAUGAUAUUUACAGACGCAAUGAUGCGAUAUUCCGUGGUGAAGAUCUUUAUCAGCAGGAAAACGACGAAUGGGAUAGAAAAUCCUGCGACUCCAAUACCCACUCGGACAUGUGUUGUUCCUGUUCCGAGUCUAGCUGUCUUUAUGCCGAUACGAUCGAGUACAACAAUCAAUUCGCGCAAUCCGGAUGUGUUCACAGUAGAAGCGAUUCGAGAAGUAGGGACAACAAGAGCCCACGUAGGAGAAACAACAGAGCUUCAUCUCCUGCUUACAGCAGCGACAGUAACUACUCUUGUAUUCCACAAAGGCAAUGUGGAAGCAUCGGUUCGCAGGAUAGAUCGAGGCAUAAUCGUUGCAAAGACAAAGUGCCUAGCUUCUCCAGGACAGGUAGUUAUCCACAGCACAGUUCUUCAGCAUCCAAUACGAUGAGUAGCUCAGGAAGUCAGAGAUACAAUAAACUCAACAGUCUUCUUGCAAGUGCAAACAAUCCAACGGGAGUCUCGGAAUCUAGUCGCUCAUGCGAUCAUCGCGACAGCUUUGUCACCUUUCGUAAGCCCUUCCAUCGUCGUUAUCAUCAUCAUCAUCAUCAUCAUCAUCAUCAUCAUCAUCAUCAUCAUCAUCGUCAUCAUCAUCGUCAUUAUCAUCGUCGUCAUCGUCAUCAUCAUCGUUAAAACAUAUAUUUUAAACCGUUCUAAUUAACCGGAAAUUUAAUGAAAUCUGAAAGGAUAAGUGUUGUUCUAGAUAAGAAACGAAAAAAAAAAUUAAAUAAAUAAAUAAAUAAAUAAAUAAAUAAAUAAAUAAAUAAAUAAAUAAAAGUAAAUAAAUAAAUUUCGUGAUUAACUAGGAUUUAAUGCGAUCUUCGUAUUAGGAAUACUUGACUACGAUUAGAUAAUACGAAGAGCCCCAUAAUGAAUUACUCUGUCACAUGGAAAAUACCGCCUACGUAUGAACUUCACUACGAUAGAAAAAAAAAAAAAAAGAGAAGAAGAAAAAAAAAAAGAAAGAGAAAAAGGAAAAACAAGGAAAAAGAAAAGAGAAAGAAGAAAAGGAAGAAAAAAGAAGGACGAAAAGGAAGGAAGGAAAGGAAGGAAGAAGGAACUAUCAACGAAAUUGUCCUUUGUAUCCGUGCGAAUAAUAAAACGGGAAAAGAAAGAAGAGAGAAAAGAAAAGAAAAAGAAAAAAGGAAAAAGAAAAGAGAAACCAGGAAAAACAGGAAGAACCGAAAAGAAAAAUCGUUCGAUGAAGUAAAGAAUUGAAUCUGUUAAUUCGUUAAGCCCAGAAUCUAGAGGGAAACGGG